GUAAUAACGGUUUCCGUCCAGCAGAUGUCACUAUCGGCCCAAACGACGCCUGCUGAAAAUACCGGUUUGGUUUGUGCUUAUCUUUCAGAAAUUAUAGCACGAGGACACACAGUUGUUAAGUUUGGAAAGGAUGCUUCAUUCUCUUGUACACUGUCAGACGCGUCUGGCGUCAAACAAGUCACCUGGCAGCGGGUGCGAGACCAGGAACCGGUACAAACUCUGGCUACAUUCAGCGAGCUCUUCAAACAACAUGUGGAUGAUCAAUAUGUUGGAAAAGUCACUUUUACCGCGGCGUCAGUUAAUUCAACGUCCAUUGAGAUCAAAAACGCAACAUUUGAAGAUGAGGCUUGCUACAUUUGUUCCUUCAAAGUGUAUCCAUUCCAACCUAAACGACAAACCUUGUGCCUCGCUGUUAAAGGUAUUUCAGAAAUAACAGCAUCAGUGAAUCCUGCACUCAGUUCUGAUCCAGAUGUUGUAGUCUCAUGUUCAGCCACUGGUAAACCAACUCCAACUAUCCAAUGGAAAUCUGCAGAGAAAGAGCUCGACAACUUUAGGUCAAGUAAUUUUACAACUCUCAACAAAGACAGCUCAACCACCAUUACAAGCAACCUCACGGUUCCACUGUCACAGUUUCAUGGGAAGUACGUGGAAUGUGUGGCUCAGAGUGACAGCAUGGAGAAGAGCGGCCAAAUCUAUGUGCCUGAAGUAGAAUAUAAAGAGAAUAAAGUCACAAUAAGAAAUUAUAUCAUUCCCAUGCUGGUUGUGGUUAUCAUGAGUAUUGCCAUUAUUGCUACCUACCUUCACACAAAGUUAAGUGAUAAAGAUCAAAAAUCUGCUUGUCUGGUUUGAACUACUGCGCAGCAGCUACUUUAUUCAGAAUUUACACAUCUUUCUGAUGCAUUUUUUUUCAUCUGCUAAAAAAAGUCACUUCCUGUUUACAUUAGUGAAUAAGCUAAUUUUUAAUAUAAUGGUAUAAAUAUUAUCUGUUCACCUGAGAACGUCUGUAUUUUUCCACAAUUUCUAUAUCCUGCAUCUGCAUUUUAAGUUCUUUCUUGUAACAUUCUGUAUUGUUUAUUGUUGUGAGAUUUGUCUUUAGGAUUUUAAACAGGUCUGUUACAGGCAGCUUUCUAAGAGUAAUAUGCUUUUAAUCUGUUGUAAACUUUAAGCUGUUUGGUAUUUAUUGUGUUUGUGCUACCAAUUUAAAAUGAAUAUAUCAAAUUUGUUUUUGUGCAUUUCUUGUUUUAUAUAUAUAUAUAUAAAAUUUAAACUUUUGUAUUAGUGGAAUUUGUUUGGUUUUUGAGUUUUAUACAUCACACAGUAGAAUAUAUAUUUUUCUACGCUAUGUAUGGCGUGUGAGUCCUUAGGUGUUCAUGUCAAUUACUGAAACUCACAGAACCAGACAUGAAACUGUGCAAGCCACAAAAUGCUUUAGCAAACAUCUUUUGCACUAAUCUACAACAUACUGGCAUGCUGUUCAGCAAAGCUACAGGUCACCUGUUCAUAAUGCUCAAAGUUCUGAAAUAAAACAUAUUUGUUGAACUCAAA